ACCCCUCCAACAUCGUACUUCAACCCCUACAACAAGUUUCCAAGUCAGAAAAAUGAAAGGAAUCGGAUAUUACUUAGCCACAGCCAUCACAGCAUUGCUGUUCAUCAGGGGAACUGAAAGCGCUGCCCAUUUGUUCAGGGUCGGAAGGUCGAUUAGGGUAUGUACCCCGAGGGACGUUGCCCGGAUAGGGCACUUCAUGUGCAAAAGGAGUGUCUUGCCGGCGGGGGAACAACAAGAUGGAGGUACUACAAUUCGACAAGACGAACGAAGCCUCGAACACCGAGAGAAGAGCAAGGAUUCGAACACGUUCUCGAGCGCCGAAUCCAUAGAAAGAGAUGCCUUUUGGGAGGAGAGUCCAGAUGACGCCUUCCAUGAUAAUAUCUAUCCUUUCUUGGAGCUCAAAGGAGUAACUUAUUACGAUGGUCAGACUGACGGCUUUUAUUUUGACGGUAGUGGUCAAGAAGCUAAUCAUUUUGACGGAAGUGAUCAAAUUGAAGGUAGUUAUUCUGACAGCAGUGAUCAAAUUGGCGGCAGCGGUCAUACUGAAAGCAGUUAUUUUGACGGUAAUGGUCACACUGAAGGUACUUAUUCAGACGGCAAUGGUCAAAUUGAUGGCAGCUAUUCUGACGGCAGUGGUCAAAUUGAUGGCAGCUAUUCUGACGGCAGUGGUCAAAUUGAUGGCAGCUAUUCUGACGGCAGCGGUCAUCCUGAAGGCAGUUACUUUGACGGUAGUGGUCAUACUGAAGGUAGUUAUUCAGACAUCAGUGGUCAAAUUGACGGCAGUUAUUUUGACGGUAGUGGUCAUACUGACGGCAGUGGUCAAAUUGACAGCAGUUAUUUUGACGGUAGCGGUCAUAUUUACGACUUUCUCGUAGCCAGGAAACUGCAGAAGAGAUCGAACAAUAGGCCGAGGAAAUUCGAGACCAUCGCCGAUAUUAGGAAAUAUUGCUGUCAUGAUGAUUGUCCAAUUGAGCUGUUCCUAUGCAUCUAGGAGGAGAAGAGCUGUUCGUUGGCGAAUGCGCCUAGGCCUAGCGAACAGCACAGGAACGGACAGAUAGGCUUUACAAGUAAGAGAAAUUCCACAAUAAGACGAAAUUCCACAUUCAUAUAAAGUGAAAUUCAACAUUCAUAUCAAAUGGCUUGGAAAUAUUUGUUUAUUAAGAAGUGGCAUUUUUCCCCACUUUCUAGAAAGCUCUCAGUA